UCAGGUAAAACUCCAUGUCUGGUGUGUAUGAACCAUCGGACCAAUCAGAGCAUCUCUCUGCCCUUUGCCUGCCGAGGACGGUUCUGCACGCGCUCCCCUCUGGAGCAGGGAAUGCUGGGAGCUGACCACACGGUGCGCAGCAUCAUCGAAAGGGUCCGACUUCCUGUUAAUGUUACCGUGCCGACCAGACCACCACGGAACCCCUACGACCGCCACGUGGUGAGAGAGGGGCAUCGCUACAAGCUGUUGAACAUUGUCAGUAAGACGGUGGUGUUGUGUCUCGUCCUACGGCCAAUACAACUGGUUCCCUCCCACUUCCUGUUGCUACGCUGCAUGCCGCGCUUCUCUGUGGCAACGCCCUCGGCAACUACAGACAGCCUGUUGCUACGGCAACAUGCCAGCUUCGACCCUGAUGGGUACAGCCGAGCCGUCCGUGAGACGCGUCCAGAACUCAGCGAGGAGAGAGUGUGUGUGAGCGAGGAUGGUGUGUGUGUGAGCCCGCGGAGGGGAGGUGUGUGUGUGUCAGCGCAGGACUCUCAGCUGCUGUCUGUGUGUGUGUUCGCUGGGGGCGGAAUUACAGACAACGUCAGCCAAUCGCAGCGCUGCAGAGACUCUCUAGGGGAGGGGACAGAGUACCUCUCUCCCAAUUGGACAGAGGCUGAGCUGCAGACCAGUGAAGAGAUCCCCUACGAGGAACUGUGGACCAAUCAGACUGCAGAGGGCCUGGGGAAGGCAGAGCCACACCGCAUCUCCGUCCAUUCCUCUUCCUCUUUGGAUGGAAUGCUGGGGACCGCCCGCCUCGCCAUGGUGACAGGAGUAUCAACCCCGCCCCCUGUACCUCCAAAAUCAGACGCAGUGAGAGAAGAGUGCAGGUUCCUGAUCGCUCCUCCAGUUCCACCUCGAUGCUGUAAAGGAGACUCCUCCCCUUCCUGUCCAAGCCCCACCCCCAGUCCACCGGUCCCGCCCCGCUUCCCUCAGACACAUCUCUCCUAUUACUCUUCUGGACCACCCAACAGUUGUUCUGUCUCUCCUCCAGACUCGUCUAUCUACUGUUAUCCAUGUUCCUGGACUGACCCCUCCCACAUCAGCCCUGAGCCAAUCCCUGCUCUCCCUGCUGACAGCUUGGCCAAUCCCCAGCCAGCGCAGGCCACCUGGGUGGAGCCGUGGAGCUAUAAUUCUUCCUCCUUCUCCCGGCUGAGGCUUCCGCCCCCUCAGAGUCGAUUUGCUCCCUUCGGAGCACUGAACCCCUUUAACCGCCCUAGUCCCUCCCCAUGCCCCUCCCCAGAGCCUGUACCAGCCAAUCAGACAGCAGAGCUCUCCAGAGGCGCCGAGGGAGGCGGGACAUGUGAGGGGUCGACUCCGCCUAGUGACCCUGCCUGGCGCCCGCCCACUGACCUGUCUGCCCUCUCAUUGGAGGAGGUGUCUGCUAGUCUGAGGUUCAUUGGCCUAUCAGAGGCAGCGGUGGGCGUGUUCCAGAGAGAGCGCGUUGACGGGAGCCUCCUGGUUCAGCUCGACGAGGAGACCCUGUCACAUGACUUCCAUCUCAGCCGAUUGCACGUCACCAAGAUCACACAGUUCAUACAGGGCUGGAGGCCCAAGAUUUAACAGAUCACACAGUUCAUACAGGGCUGGAGGCCCAAGAUUUAAUACCUAUUGUGACACUGUCACAAGGUGUUUAUCACAACAUUGGAGGCUGCUGAUUGGAGGACGGCUCAUAAUAAUGGCUGGAACGGAAACCAUGUGUUUGAUGUACUUGAUAGCAUUCCACUGCAGCCAUUACCACGAGCCCAUCCUCCCUGAUUAAGGUGCACCAACCUCCUGUGCGAUCUACGUAAAGGACGAAGGCAAGGUUUGCUAUUUUAAGGAAGUACUGUAAAGCCGCUCGAGGCGAAGGUUGGCCCUAAACACUACAUAUAAACACUACAGAUAAACACUACAGAUAAACACUACAGAUAAACACUACAGAUAAACACUACAGAUAAACACUACAGAUAAACACUACAGGAAAUUGUCAGACAGAGCAAUAAAUAGUUUCUCACUAUUCCAUCUGUCUCGGAUUGCCGUCUACUCCGCCAGGCGGCCUCGCCGUCUACUCCGCCAGGCGGCCUCGCCGUCUACUCCGCCAGGCGGCCUCGCCGUCUACUCCGCCAGGCGGCCUCGCCGUCUACUCCGCCAGGCGGCCUUGCCGUCAUUUUUGAGGGGACCAGGAGUGCCAACUUAGCCCAGAUGAGAGCUGAGCGUCCCCUGUUUGCAAAAGUAGCACACCCAUAAACACACCCUGUACAUUCUGUCUGUUCACUGUAGAGUCACCCUCAGUGGGCAGCUCCCUCAGUGGGCAGCUCCCUCAGUGGGCAGCUCCCUCAGUGGGCAGCUCCCUCAGUGGGCAGCUCCCUCAGUGGGCAGCUUCCUCAGUGGGCAGCUUCCUCAGUGGGCAGCUUCCUCAGUGGGCAGCUCCCUCAGUGGGCAGCUCCCUCAGUGAGCAGCUCCCUCAGUGAGCAGCUUCCUCAGUGGGCAGCUUCCUCAGUGGGCAGCUUCCUCAGUGGGCAGCUCCCUCAGUGGGCAGCUUCCUCAGUGGGCAGCUCCCUCAGUGAGCAGCUCCCUCAGUGAGCAGCUUCCUCAGUGGGCAGCUUCCUCAGUGGGCAGCUUCCUCAGUGGGCAGCCUGUGACAUGACUUCCACUUUAGGACGUUAACAAGGCGACACUCCAUCUUAACUCCUCCUCCACAUUGACUGGAUUGGUUGAACAGUACAGAAGAGAACCCCCCCCGACAGUAAAAUGUUUUUCCGCCUGCAACGUUAGGUUAACCAUCCUACAUGUCCCUUAUUGGUUGAAUCAGAUGCUGUGUGCCUUCUUAUUGGUUGAAUCAGAUGCUGUGUACCUUCCGAUUGGAUGAACCGGCUGCUGUGUGCCUUCUUAUUGGUUGAAUCAGAUGCUGUGUACCUUCCGAUUGGAUGAACCGGCUGCUGUGUGCCUUCUUAUUGGUUGAAUCAGAUGCUGUGUACCUUCCGAUUGGAUGAACCGGCUGCUGUGUGCCUUCUUAUUGGUUGGAGGAGAGAUAGGGACUCUAUACUGCCACUUGGAGGGUGAUUAGAGAAGUGUGCUAGUCAGAGCAUUUAAAUCUCUAUAUUCAAGGUUACCAAGUAUCCCUCUGCUGGCCAGUCAACCUAUUACAGAAUGCCUUUGGUUUGCAGAGAACGAGUUUAAGGGUUAGGGUUGGCUCUGCUGGCCAGUCAACCUAUUACAGAAUGCCUUUGGGUUGUGGAGAACGAGUUUAAGGCCGAGACUCAAUCAGAUCGUUGGAGUCAUCAAAUCGGUGAGAAGCUGCUCUUGCGAUCAUUAACCCUUCCUUAAUGUUAUUGAGUGAAUUAAGAAGGAAUGGCAAUGUAAUUUGUAGCGACAUAAGAAGCAAAAUGUGGUUUUCCAUCAAAAUAAUAAUUACUGUAUUCUAACACGACGUAAUAAAGGAACUUAUGUCGCAAGAUAAUAGAUAAGUCAGACAGGAGAGUUUGAGUGAUGAAGUUGGACAGAGGAUAUCAAAAUCUCUCCGCAAGAAACACUUGGAUGAACUGGAAAAACACUUGAGCCUUAUUCUCUGCCAGAUGUUCUACAAACUGUUAUACAUGGAUAAUAUCUAUAAUAAUAGCUAUAAUAUCUGCGUGAUUGACUUGUCAUUUCAAUAGGCCUAGGCUACUAAAUACAAUCUGGGUUUAUGAUUGUAAUUCAACUUUGCCAUGGUUUGCUUAGCUAGAUGCAGGUAGCCUAUAACUCCUGAUAGGCCUAUUAGAUAGCCUACAGUAGGCUAGGCAAUAUGUAAAAUGAACAAUUUACUACAGUAGGUUGCUUAGUUCAAAUUGACACUCAUUUAUUGAACCUGAAUAGCGAGGAGAUUUCGGUAAAAAGUGUUUGUGUUGCCCAAUAGCCUGGAUUUGACAGCUCUAACGCAGUUCUACCUUCGACACCUCAAAAUAACCGCUAUGCGGAUCUGAUUGAAUCCAGCCCUAAGGUCUUUGAUAGGCAGAUUAGGAAUUUGUUCCAGGAAAUAAUCUGCCACCUGGUGAGGUUAGCAUAGGGCUAACGUGUGCCAGGUUAUCUAUUGGGACCAGCUACAAUUUAGCAUUCUGUCACAUGACACUACAUCAACCAUUUUAAUUGGCUGAUGCUUAAACUUAAACUUGAACUUAAACUUUUUCUAAUGUUUGCCAGUAUGGGCCCGUGGUGUUUGUUAUGCAGGAUGCAACGUUUUGGAACCUUCAGAUAGAAAUAGCCUUUGUAGACCAAAUAUGCCUUUGACAUGUAGAAUAAGGAAUAACAUCAGCUCUGUUCAUGGCAUUUCUAUCUGCAACUGAACGUGGCCCUGCAGUAACUACAAACUGUAGAGUUAACUAACCUCUGGCUGUGGCCCUGCAGUAACUAUAAACUGUAGAGAUAACUAACCUCUGAACGUGGCCCUGCAGUAACUAUAAACUGUAGAGAUAACUAACCUCUGGCUGUGGCCCUGCAGUAACUAUAAACUGUAGAGUUAACUAACCUCUGGCUGUGGCCUUGCAGUAACUAUAAACUGUAGAGUUAACUAACCUCUGGCUGUGGCCUUGCAGUAACUAUAAACUGUAGAGUUAACUAACCUCUGGCUGUGGCCUUGCAGUAACUAUAAACUGUAGAGUUAACUAACCUCUGGCUGUGGCCUUGCAGUAACUAUAAACUGUAGAGUUAACUAACCUCUGGCUGUGGCCCUGCAGUAACUAUAAACUGUAGAGUUAACUAACCUCUGGCUGUGGCCCUGCAGUAACUACAAACUGUAGAGAUAACUAACCUCUGGUUGUGGCCUUGCAGUAACUAUAAACUGUAGAGAUAACUAACCUCUGGCUGUGGCCCUGCAGUAACUAUAAACUGUAGAGUUAAAUAACCUCUGGCUGUGGCCCUGCAGUAACUACAAACUGUAGAGAUAACUAACCUCUGGCUGUGGCCCUGCAGUAACUACAAACUGUAGAGAUAACUAACCUCUGGCUGUGGCCUUGCAGUAACUAUAAACUGUAGAGUUAACUAACCUCUGGCUGUGGCCCUGCAGUAACUAUAAACUGUAGAGAUAACUAACCUCUGGCUGUGGCCCUGCAGUAACUAUAAACUGUAGAGAUAACUAACCUCUGGCUGUGGCCCUGCAGUAACUAUAAACUGUAGAGAUAACUAACCUCUGGCUGUGGCCUUGCAGUAACUAUAAACUGUAGAGUUAACUAACCUCUGGCUGUGGCCCUGCAGUAACUAUAAACUGUAGAGAUAACUAACCUCUGGCUGCUACAGGGGGUUGCUAUGGUGAUUUGCUAUGGUAAGGGCUGGUGUUGGUCUCUUUACUGUUGAUGAUGGUGUUUAACCAGGGAUUGUGGUGAUGAUGAUGAUGGUGUUUAACCAGGUAUUAUGAUGAUGAUGGUGUUUAACCAGGUAUUGUGGUGAUGAUGAUGAUGAUGAUGGUGUUUAACCAGGGAUUGUGGUGAUGAUGAUGAUGAUGAUGAUGAUGGUGUUCAACCAGGUUUUGUAGUGAUGAUGAUGUUAAAGGUGCUCUGAGAAAAUGAUAAUUUAAGAUGGCAACAUUAAAUAGCUGAGUACAUGUUGCAUAGAACACCUUGAAACAUGUCUAAUGAGGUCUGAACAGCUUGAAACAUAAUGUCUAAUGAGGUCUGAACACCUUGAAACAUAAUGUCUAAUGAGGUCUGAACACCUUGAAACAUAAUGUCUAAUGAGGUCUGAACACCUUGAAACAUAAUGUCUAAUGAGGUCUGAACAGCUUGAAACAUAAUGUCUAAUGAGGUCUGAACAGCUUGAAACAUAAUGUCUAAUGAGGUCUGAACACCUUGAAACAUAAUGUCUAAUGAGGUCUGAACACCUUGAAACAUAAUGUCUAAUGAGGUCUGAACACCUUGAAACAUAAUGUCUAAUGAGGUCUGAACAGCUUGAAACAUAAUGUCUAAUGAGGUCUGAACAGCUUGAAACAUAAUGUCUAAUGAGGUCUGAACACCUUGAAACAUAAUGUCUAAUGAGGUCUGAACACCUUGAAACAUAAUGUCUAAUGAGGUCUGAACAGCUUGAAACAUAAUGUCUAAUGAGGUCUGAACACCUUGAAACAUAAUGUCUAAUGAGGUCUGAACAGCUUGAAACAUAAUGUCUAAUGAGGUCUGAACACCUUGAAACAUAAUGUCUAAUGAGGUCUGAACACCUUGAAACAUAAUGUCUAAUGAGGUCUGAACACCUUGAAACAUAAUGUCUAAUGAGGUCUUAAGGAUGUCUAUGAUCAAUAGAAAAUUAAAUA